GCCGAGUCGGCCGCGGGGCGGAGGUACCGGCUCCCGGCUCGGACUCUGGGCUCGGCGGCGAGGGCCCCGCAGGUAGCGAAGCCCGGCGGGCGGGCGGGAGGCGGCGCCCAGCGCCCCUCGCCAGGCCCGCCAUGCAGGGUCCUGCCGGGAACUCGAGCCAUUCAAUGCCGGGCGGGCCGCCUUCCACCGUAGCGUCCGGCGCGGGCCGCUGCGAGAGCGGUGCGCUCAUGCACAGUUUCGGCAUCUUCCUGCAGGGGCUGCUCGGCGUCGUGGCCUUCAGCACGUUGAUGCUCAAACGCUUCAGAGAACCAAAGCAUGAAAGACGUCCUUGGAGGAUAUGGUUUUUAGACACUUCCAAACAAGCCAUAGGAAUGCUGUUCAUCCACUUUGCAAAUGUAUACCUAGCAGAUCUCACUGAAGAGGACCCUUGCUCACUGUACCUCAUCAACUUCCUCCUGGACGCCACCGUGGGCAUGCUGCUCAUCUACAUGGGCGUGCGCGCCGUCAGCGUCUUGGUGGAGUGGCAGCAGUGGGAGUCCCUGCGUUUUGGCGAAUAUGGAGACCCUCUGCAGUGCGGAGCCUGGGUUGGACAGUGUGCCCUUUACAUCGUGAUCAUGAUUUUUGAAAAAUCUGUCGUCUUCAUUGUCCUCCUCAUACUUCAGUGGAAGAAGGUGGCCCUGUUGAAUCCCAUUGAAAACCCAGACCUGAAGCUGGCCAUCGUCAUGCUGAUCGUCCCCUUCUUUGUCAAUGCUCUGAUGUUUUGGGUAGUGGACAAUUUCCUCAUGAGAAAGGGAAGGACGAAAGCUAAACUAGAAGAAAGGGGAGCCAACCAGGACUCGAGGAAUGGCAGCAAGGUCCGCUACCGAAGGGCCGCGUCCCACGAGGAGUCGGAGUCUGAGAUCCUGAUCUCGGCCGAUGAUGAGAUGGAGGAGUCCGAUGUGGAAGAGGACCUCCGGAGACUGACCCCCCUGAAGCCCGCAAAGAAAAAGAAGCACCGCUUCGGGCUGCCUGUAUGACGCAUCCUCGAGCUGGGGUCAGGUCGGGGCCCGGCCAGCCACCGGUUGGCCGAGGGUCGCUCUGCUGCGUCUUCCCUUCCCUCCUCUCUCUGCCCCUCUUCUACCUCCACUCCUCCCACGGUCUCUGCCCACUCCUAGACUACUGUGACCCGAGGGAGGGAGGCCGCUGGCCCGGCGUGGCAGCUGGAGGUCCCCACUCAGUUGCACUACAAACACUGACCAAAUAUGCAAGCGAGGCGUUUUGUUUGUGUGUUGUCGUCCCAAGCGGUGUUGUGAGGGACCCAGAAGCCCUGUCCUGCGUCUGGCCGGGUGGCCUCGAGGAUGAGAACUCACGUGCACACAGACCGUGGGUGGAGCCUUUUGCCAAGGCUCAGGGGAAUGUGAAGACGUAACACGUUUGGGGGCUAAAAGUUACACAUUGACCAGGUUGGAACCGCAACGCUUUCUUACUCGAAAUGGCUUUUGUAACUAUUGAUUUCUAUAGCUGGUUUUAUGAGCUGUCACAGUGUUAAUGUUUUUUGAGUAUAUGUUUAUUUCCUAUGGGACUCAUGGGCAAAACAUAGAUUUUUAAGUCUUCCGUAUGCUGUUAACUUUUAUAUUUUUAAGUUAUAUUUUCAUACUAUUGUAUUUAAAAACUCUUUUUAAUCCCCAAAGAAAUGGGUUUGUUUGCCUUUCAUGGGUUGUGAACUGGUGGGAGGAAAAAGUCGGGAAUUUUUUAUUUGGAACAUUGUUAGGUAAUCUACGAUCAGAUGAGGUAAAUGAUUCCGGUAGGAAGGGAGGUGGGCCCUCAUCUGAAAUCAACAAACCCGGUGGUUCUGCAAAGGUCAGGCCUGGGCAGGAAGUGGCCGGUCCAAAUGUGGAUCCAGGGCCCUGUGAGGGUGGAACAGGAAGGGCUCUGCCCAGGGCCCACCAGCUCCUUGGCACUUCUGCUGGCAGGUUAGAGGUCUUAGUGAAACAUGCCAGAAAAAGGAGCGUAAGAGGAUGUUGUGUCCAGAGAAAUUGAGACUCCGAGCCACUCCUGUUUGUUCCCUGCCUCUCUUCAGAGCCUCCAGACCUGAAGUUUAAAACACAAUCUCGGCCUCCCUGCCUCCCAUGGUGCAGCCUUCAGAACCAGGCUCUGGACCCAGCUCUGGGAACUUCCUCUCAGGCUACGCCUUGCCUAUCAGCUUAGUGUUGUCGACUCGUCUUCUAGAGAACGCCUGUCUGACCAAGUGAUCCUGUUUUUCACAUCCUCCAGACCAGCGGGUGGAGGUGAGCGAGCUUGCUCUCUGCAUCCACAGGCAGGACGAGGUGCUUCAAAGCUUGUGGCCCCCACUCCCCAGCAUGGGCAUAGGCCCCGUGGCUUUGGGAGUCUGCUGCCCGGCAGUGGAAUGGGCUGACCCAGGUACUUGCCCUGCUGUGGGAGCAGCAGCCCAGUGUUUUGUCCCAGCCCGGAGGCAGUCAUGGAAGUUUAGGAAUAGAGAACCGCAUGGCUAAGGUGCGAGCUGGAAGUGAGAUCAGUGCAGGGAGGUCACGCCACCCAGAACCUUCUUUUUAGGUUCCUACCUAAAAACCUACAUAAAAACGUGUCACUGAAGCAGAUUGGGUCUGAACUGUGACGUGUGAGCCACGCUGUUAAACCAGGCAUCCUGGGCCUGUCCUCUGCUUCCCACGGUCUCACCUUGUGUGGGUCAUGGAGGGACAAGCCUUGCAGAGGCCUUCUCAGCCUGUCGUCCUGUAGGAGUCCAGAGGGCCAGAGGAGCUGGGACGUGAAUUGCAGUGGGCGGCAACUCUGUUACGGUGGGCACCUGCAGCUGGAGAGGAGAGCAGGGUGAGAUUGGAGCCCAUCUCCACUCUCCCUUAGCUUUGCUCUCAUUUUAUGCUCCUCCCCCCUUCCACCCUCGGCUGUGUUAGUGGGGGCCUCCCCACUGGGAAGAGCAGGACUGACAUCGGUCCUGGUAGGUGGCAGGCAUCACUGACUUGCCUUACUCUGUCCUCCUGUUUUGUCUUGGUUCGAAUAACCUGUGGUCGCAGCUGUUUCCUGCACCUCCCUGAGCCCAGAAUCUGAGCUUCACUUUCAGUCUUGAGCUCCUCAUGUUUCCAAACCAGGGACGGGGGUGGGGAAGCCGCAGGUGUGAAGGAUGGAAACUAUGUGUUAUACAGACGCCAGAUGAUCUGCUCAUCUCAAGGCUCGUCCCAGCGCCUGCUGGGCAGUGGGUUUGGGGGACAAAGAGGUAGCGAGCGAUCAGUGGUUUCUCCCUGUAUCCUGAUUUUGGAAGGGCUUUAGUCUCUGAGCCUCAGUUGUAUAGCUGGCUAACUAGGACAUGGACGUGUAACAGGGAGUCUGAUCGUACAGGGCCUUGUCAGCGUGCGGGCCUAAACGGCGUGGCCUGAUGUGUUUGGCCUUAUCCCUGGGACAAGCUUCCUCACCACCUGCUCCAAGGUGCCUUAUGAGGUGCAGCUCUUCACCUGCCACAUGGCAAGCAUCAUUGUGCUUGAGAAACCACGGGACACCAACUGGGUAUUGUGCGCCAUCCAUCUGAUUUGUCCUAAUCUGGACCUCAGCCAAGCCACCCAUAAUGGAAACUUGUAAGUCAAGGCCAUGAACGAGUUUCUUGUAACUGAUAGAAAUAACCCGGUGAGGUAGAACUGUCAAAUCUGAAUGGAAGAGAUCGUUGUACAAUGCCCAUUUUUCCUUUCGCUGACAGUGGGAUAUUGACAAUGGCAAGGAGGGAUGUUGGUGAGAUCCCAGGCAGUGGCUUCUUGGUCUGCUCAGCCCAAAGACCUGCCACGUGAAGGCCCGUCAAUUAGCCUUCAGGCACACUGGUGGCCUCUUGCCUCAAGCUUUAACCUGUGCCUCUUCCUGACAAUAGGAGUCAUGGGUUAGUGUUGACCUGUCAUGCCUUUAAAGGGAAAAUAUAUAAAGGCUCAAAUUCAGGUUGUUUCUUCCCCUCCUCAGUGUGGGCCUGGAGGCUGGAGCCCGGAGUCCCUGUCUGAAGGCUGCCCCAGGAGCCUGGAGGGAAGAGCAGCUGUCAGCAGCUCACUCUGCCCUCCAGACUGCAGUUCACUGGCCUUUUUGCAGCCAGGCAAAUGCAGACGGCUCUGGGAACUUGCCAGUCAGCCAGAGCAGCCACCUUGUAGGGGACAGGGCCGGCCUUUAGAAGUUUCACAUGUUUCCAACUAGGAGGGGAGAGCUCUGUGUUUUACCCUGUGAAACAUUGGCAGCUCUGAAGGGCUUUGCUCUUGGGGAGGGACCUUGAGCUCCUGAGUGGGUGGGUGGGUUGGUUUAAUUUGAUUUCUCUUUUCAUGAAGUUUAUUAGAAGUCAGACCUAUGUGAGCAAACCAUGACCGACUUCCACUGCCCUCCCAGUGGGGGUGGUUAAAUUUGUGGUGUUACGAUUCACAGAAACACAUUUUUGAAAUGAAAGGGAAGACGAUGUACUUACAUUGUGAAGUGGUUUACAAUAAAGUUUGACAUCUUAUUACAGUUUUUUAAAAAAAGAAACCAUCACUUUUGUGGUUGCUGGUUGUGUGUUCUGUGAAGUUGAAACAGCUUAGUGGGGGUCAAGAAAAUGGCCCCAGUGAGUUGGAAGGUUCUCCCCAGAAAACAGAGUGAGAAUGAAUCUGACAUCUCCUUAUGGCAGAUGUGGGAGCCAAAACCUGCCAAGGGGAAAAAACCAAACAUACUCUUGCCAUUUCCACUUCCCUGUUAAUGCAAGUAAAAGCCACUCUGCCUGCCCCCCGCCCCCCGAGGAGUGAAGGGUGCCGGAGAGAUGGAGUGUGAGGAGUGAACAUCCCACAUCCUUGUUCCUGAGGCCACAGGGCUGGAAGGCAGGUGCCCCCCU